CUCGUGGUGUUCGGUAGUGCUGGGUAACGGUUAGAAGAGUGCAUGUGCAUUUCAAUAUUAGACCGAUCCGUGCAUGUCAAGCUGUGAAUAUAGAUAGGUUAUAGCUACACCGGUGUGUAAUGAGGUAAUUGAUGCCGAAGGAGUGAGUUGGCGGGAUCAAUUGCACUGGCCGUUGGAGAAAUUUGGCAACGAAUCAAGAAUAGCGAGUAGCAAAUUUGCUGGAUUAGAACCGUAGUGCGGUACAUUCGCGUGGUCCGUCGGAUUUUGUGACAGAAUGUUGCGGCGUUGAUCAACAUUAGUGUCGUGUUUCGGUGUGUAUGGUGUUUACUGGUUUUUUCGUCGAAGGAGGAAUAGAUUGCAGAAACCAAAGAAACCGGCGGGCGGCGGCUGGCUGGUGUGUAUGCAAAGUGUAUGUGUGCUAUUUUUAGUGUGACCGUUUGAAACCGAAGUCGCGCAUUUUAAGAAUUUGACGGGUGAAAUAUUUGACCGGUGCGCGGCUUCGUCAUUGCGAUAUCGCAGAGCCGAAGCGUAAACAGUGUUGUUUCGUUCGACGAAGGAAACCGGAGGCGACGAAUCUAGAGCGUGUCAUCUGUGAUCGAAGAAGGCGCUUUGUGCAAUCUACGCCGCGGUCUGCUUUGGUGAUCUGGGGUUUGAGGAUUGGGUGCAGAUGUGUAGUUGGUGUAAGUGUCGAUCGUAGUAGACGAUAAGAAGAUCAAUCAGAACCGUAGAACCGUAGUGGAGCCACAAACCGAAAUGUUGCAACAUCCAGGCGGCGAUUACUACGAGUUAUCGGCGAGCAGCAAACAAACGCCCCCAACUUUUAGUCCGCAGGGAGCGAAUGCGGCUGUCAUGGGAUCGUUAGGCGGCGGUGGAAGUGGCGCAGGAGGAUUAAACAAUAAUAACAACAACAAUAAUGAUAAUGAUCUGGAUCUGAUGGGUCAGAACGGGGGAUUGAACAGCAGCGAGCGGGAGUCGAUGCCCAGUUUUGGAUUUACCCAAGAGCAGGUGGCGUGCGUUUGUGAGGUUCUACAGCAAGCGGGCAAUAUCGAACGUCUGGGACGGUUUCUGUGGUCAUUGCCCCAGUGCGACAAGCUGCAGUUGAAUGAAUCCGUGCUCAAAGCCAAAGCCGUGGUGGCGUUUCACCGGGGGAACUUCAAGGAGCUGUAUCGGUUACUGGAGCACCACCAAUACGCACCGCACAAUCACGCCAAACUGCAAGCCCUGUGGCUGAAAGCUCACUAUGUCGAAGCAGAAAAACUGCGAGGACGACCAUUGGGAGCUGUCGGCAAAUACCGAGUGCGACGUAAGUUUCCUCUCCCACGAACGAUUUGGGACGGGGAGGAAACCAGUUACUGCUUCAAGGAAAAAUCGAGAUCGGUUCUGCGAGAUUGGUACACGCAUAAUCCUUAUCCCUCGCCGAGGGAAAAACGGGAACUGGCCGAAGCAACCGGAUUAACCACCACCCAGGUCUCAAAUUGGUUCAAAAAUCGGCGGCAACGGGACAGAGCGGCAGAGCACAAAGACACCGGCGAAUCGGACAAACAGCACCUGGACUCCUCCAGCGACUCGGAUAUGGAUGGGCCCAGCCUGGGUAUGCCCGGUUCCGCAGGCGGCCCGCAGCAAAUUCACGGUGGCAGUGGCUCAGCACAAAGUCUCCAUCUGGGUCCGGGAGGACUCGGCGGAGGAAUUCCCGGCAGCGGUGGCACACUUUCCGGCCCGGGAGGUCAACCCAUUGGUAGUAGUGGUGGCAGUGGAGUGCCCGGCCUCGGAAUCGACCACCAACCGCAACCGCUGUCGACGAGGAACAGCAACCUGAUGAACAUCCCCGCCGGAAGCAACAAGGCUCUGGGGCAGCUGUCGGCCUAUUCGCAUCUGUGGGACCGGAGCAACGUGAUGGGCUCGAUGCCGCCAAUUUACGACAUUGGAGAGUAUCAGCAUUUAUGAUUUUAGGCAAUUGUGAUUCUGUUUAAGCGAAUGCGAGUUUAUUUUUGAAACUAGGGGUUAUGUUGUAGACUGUAGUAGGAUUUUUUUGGAAAUUUAAUGCAAUUUUUAAGUAGUUACAAUUCUCGAUUUCUCUAUCAUCAAAUUUAGCCCAUCAGAAUGAACUUCUCAGUCUGACAAUGUACUUGCAACACACAAAUGAUCUUAAUUGUAAGGAGACAACAGUUUUCAAGGCCACAAUUCUAGUAUAUAAUGCAAUAAUAUAAUCAAAACUAUCCUUCUUAUUAGGCAUUUCGAA